GUAAUAGUAAACAGAUAAACUUCAUUUAAAAACAAAUGUAGAUGUAAUAUUUAAGUUGAACUAUUACAUUAUUUAUGUUGACUACCAUCAAACACUUGACAUAAGUGAUAUGAAUUAUAUACCUGACGCGUAAUAUUUAGUAUGUCAAAAAUGACAGAAUAUGAAGAUUUAAGUAAGGUGAAAAUAAGAGAUUUAAUCACAUCUACUUUGUUUGAAAAUCAAGAUUCAAAAUCAGAAUUAACAUCUAAAGUGCAGCGAAGAUAUUCAGGACUUUUUACGCCAUUAAAAAGUACACACAAUGCCGUCAUUGUACGAGCUUCUAUUGGUCAUUUUGAUGAACAUAACCCUCCUAAAAAUGAUUUCCCAGAUGGAACUAGAAUCACGAGAAGAAUGAGUGCGUUUUAUAAUUGUGAUGAUAACAAAUUGACCGAAAAUAAAGUCGAAGAAACUGAAAAAAUAAAUUUAGCAACUAGAAAAGAUAAAACUAAGAUCUCAGACACUAAGCGAUAUCUCAGAAGGAAGUCGUGUUCCGAUGUUAAUAAAACAUCAGAAGAAAAUCAUAGUUCACCAAUAAAAGAUACUAAAAUUAAGGAAGUCAAGAAUAUCAAAAAAGCAGUCCGUAAUUUCCUACUGGAUCAAGAACAUAAUGAGAACAAAGAAAAUAAUGAAAAAAUAAAAACCGUUAAAAUAAAUAAAAGAUGUUCUCUUCCAGACACAGGAAUCACAGAUUUAAAAACUGAAUCCACUAAGAAUGCUAAAAGACAAAGGAAAUCAAUGAACAAUAUACCGGUCCAAUAUACGGAGAAUAAUACAGAACUUAACCAAUUAAUUAAAGCAGAAAAUGAUUUCUUGAAACCGAACAAUGAAAUAUUUCAAAUCUCCAAAAAAAGUCCAACAUCAUUUGAAAAUACAAACAUUAAUGUAGAAGGCAGUCUAGAAAUGGAUUAUAGCAGGAAAAAUAACUAUACUAUAAAAAAAUCAGAACUUUUGAACCAAAACCAAGAUGAUGAUACAAUGAGUAUUAAAAAUUAUCUAUCACAUGAACAGACACUUGACGAGUUAUCUUUAGAGAAUUUAAAAAUUGACGUAACCGAUUCUACAAUGAAAUGUAAUAAAGAAAACAUAGAACAAACCAAAAUAAAAAAUAUCGGUGUAAAGGAAAGUAAUGAUAAAGAUACAGAAAUUUUGAAACAUUACACUGAUAAGACUAUCAAACCAUUUAAUAAGCUAGAAACAAUAUUUGAAAAUUCUAAAGGUAAAACUAUAAUGGGUAAAAGGAAAUUGAAAAGAUAUAUAAAUUUUGAAGAUGUGUUCACAGAGCAGAGACGAUCAAAGAGAAAAGCUAAAGUACGAAAAAUUAAUCCAUCGUUUAAUAUGAAAGUAUUAGAUUUAUAUUAUUUACAAUCGUUAUAACUUAGAAACUGGUUUCUUCACAUGUUGUAUUGAAUUGCUAUUUAUAUGAAUUUAAAAUAAAACGUU